ACCGCGUUGGCGCCAUAGCAAAGCUGUGUGCGGUCUUCUAAACGUUGUCCCUUAAAUUAGUAUUCUUUCCGGUAUUUGCCGUUAAAAUACGACGCCAUGGCCGAUAAAGAAGCUGCUUUCGACGAUGCCGUGGAGGAGAGGGUGAUAAAUGAAGAGUACAAGAUCUGGAAAAAGAACACCCCCUUCCUUUACGACCUGGUCAUGACGCAUGCCCUGGAGUGGCCCAGUCUCACUGCCCAGUGGUUGCCUGAUGUCACCAGACCGGAGGGUAAGGAUUACAGUGUGCACAGGCUGGUUCUUGGGACACAUACCUCUGACGAGCAGAAUCACCUGGUGAUCGCUAGUGUGCAGCUUCCAAAUGAUGAUGCCCAGUUUGAUGCCUCACACUACGACAGUGAGAAAGGAGAGUUUGGAGGCUUUGGUUCAGUGAGUGGUAAAAUAGAGAUUGAGAUUAAGAUUAACCAUGAGGGAGAAGUCAACAGAGCUCGCUACAUGCCUCAGAACCCUUGUAUCAUUGCCACUAAGACGCCUACCAGUGAUGUGCUGGUCUUUGAUUACACAAAGCACCCCUCCAAGCCAGACCCCUCUGGUGAGUGCACUCCGGACCUGCGUUUGAGGGGCCACCAGAAGGAGGGCUAUGGCCUCUCCUGGAACCCAAACCUGAGUGGUUGCCUGCUUAGUGCCUCUGAUGACCAUGUAAGUACAAUCUGUCUGUGGGACAUCAGCACAGUGCCCAAGGAAGGGAAGAUUGUGGAUGCAAAGACCAUCUUUACAGGCCACACUGCAGUGGUGGAGGAUGUAUCCUGGCAUUUACUACAUGAAUCUCUCUUUGGAUCUGUGGCUGAUGACCAGAAACUGAUGAUUUGGGAUACACGAUCCAACAACACCUCGAAACCCAGCCAUGCAGUGGAUGCCCACACUGCUGAGGUCAACUGCCUGUCUUUCAACCCCUACAGCGAGUUCAUCCUGGCCACUGGCUCAGCAGACAAGACUGUGGCUCUCUGGGACCUGAGGAACCUGAAGCUAAAACUGCACUCCUUUGAGUCGCACAAAGAUGAGAUCUUCCAGGUUCAGUGGUCUCCCCAUAAUGAAACCAUCCUGGCCUCCAGUGGAACAGAUAGACGGCUGAACGUCUGGGACCUGAGUAAGAUUGGAGAGGAGCAGUCACCCGAGGAUGCCGAGGAUGGCCCUCCUGAGUUGCUGUUCAUCCAUGGUGGACACACAGCCAAGAUCUCUGACUUCUCCUGGAAUCCGAACGAGCCUUGGGUCAUCUGCUCAGUGUCAGAAGACAACAUCAUGCAAGUUUGGCAGAUGGCCGAAAAUAUCUACAAUGAUGAGGACCCAGAAGGAGCUGCAGAUACAGAGGUCCAGGCGUGAGGGGAACUUCGCUCUGACUCUACCCUUCUCCUUGGAACACCUUGGAUCAAAAUCGAUCUGUUAUGUACUGGAAAGAAAAUCGGCAAUUUCUUUUUAAAACAGUGUAGGCAGGCAGCAGCAAAUUUUGUAGGAACACGAAACAUAAACCAUGGUGCGUUGUCAUCAUAUGUUAUAUUUAUAAAAGGACUGUUUUAGUCAGUCCUCUGCAUUAUGAAUAGUUUCAUCAAUAUACAUUUCUACACAGUGGGUUUUUUCAAGGUGUACAUGGAUUUUAAUUUUUCUUGCUUGACAUCCAUCCCUUGUAUAUGUUUCCAAAUUGUAUGUGUAAUAUCGUUUGUGUUUUCUCUCGGCACCGUUCUUGUCUUUCUAUGGUGUAUCUGACUCGUCAUAUUCUUUGUGAGUGUUCACAAUAAAAUUAUAUUUG